AUGGUCAAGAGAAAGAGCGAGGAUGCACAGCUGAGUGCUCGUGCCACCAACGGAAAGAAUGCCAGAUUUGCAGAGACAGCCAAACCCACCAAGCCCGCAAAAAAGUCCGCAUUAAAGCCAACAAAGGCCUCCACCAAACCUGCUGUCGCAACCAACGACCCCAAGUCCGAUUCGAAGUCCAGGUCCCUUUCUAUUCAGGUCGUCACUGGAUCGUACGAGAGAGUUCUCCACGGUUUCGCUGCCACCGUCUCUGAGAAGGCAUUCGACUCUGAAUUGUCAGAGGAAGAGCAGGAAGAACCCACAUACUCAGAUACCUUCUUGUUCGCUGCUCACUCGAGCGCUGUCCGCUGCCUGGCCCUCUCAACCCCCAACGAGGCACACAAGCGAGUGCUUGCGACCGGCAGCACCGACGAGCGCAUCAAUCUUUUCAACCUCUCGACCAGCCCACCACUUGCCAGCGACAAACCUCAACUUCCCAACCUCUCAGCUACUAGCAUCGUUGAGAACCCCCGGAACAAGGAACUCGGCAGUCUGCUACAUCAUGCGCGCAGCGUCAACAAGCUUCAAUUCCCUACCAGAGGCAAGCUUUUUAGUGCAGCCGACGACAACACUGUCGCCAUUUCGAGAACUCGCGAUUGGACUGUGCUAUCAACGAUCAAGUGCCCCAUCCCGAAGGCCGUGGGACGACCUAGCGGAGAUACUGCUGGACCAGGAGAAGUACCUACCGGAGUCAACGACUUUGCUAUCCACCCUAGCAUGAAGGUUAUGGUUACCGUGGGCAAGGNNGGGGAGAGAUGCAUGAGACUGUGGAAUCUUGUGACUGGCAAGAAGGCUGGAGUCUUGAAUUUUGACAAGAGUUUGUUGCAGGCUGCGGGCGAAGGCAGAUACAGCAGUGGUGAGGGAAGGAAGCUUGCGUGGGGUGAGGAUGGUGAGGAGUACGUCGUUGGUUUUGAGAGAGGAGCUGUGGUUUACGGCAUGGACUCGAUGCCUAAAGCCAUUAUCCGACCAUCACCCNCGACAAAACUUCACCAGAUGCGCAUCAUACCCGCUGGUGAGGGACACAGCAUCCUGGCAGUGUCAACUGAGGAUGGCAGAAUUGUUUUCUACGACCUGAAGACAACGAUUGAGAGUGAAAAGGAGGACGAAGAGGUACCGCAGUGCGCGGCAUUGGGACAGCUAGGAGGCAGGCAAGCUGGUUUCAGCGGCAGAGUCAAGGACUUCGAGGUGCUGCAGCACAAGGCAGGAGCACCUUUGACCAUCGUGACGGGCAGCAGCGAUGGCGCUGUCAGGUUGUGGAAGUGCGAUAUGUCGGAGAUUUUGGAAGGUGCUGGCACGGAACAAGCAAAGGACGCGGUGCGUCAAAUUGGCACGCCGAUAGGCACGCACGAGACCGGGCACCGCAUCACAUGCCUGGUCGCAUUCGUGAUGGAUGGCCCGGCGGAAGUGGCAGACGACGACGAGGAUGAUGUACAGGGCAUGUCCGAAGAGGCAGGUAGUGAUAGCGACGACGAAUAG